AAAUUAAACUUAACCCUGCAACAAGAGAAAAUGCCCAAUGUAAGGCUGGCUGGCUGCAGGUACGGUUAGCAGCCAGCUCCCAUGGAUUAUAACGCCGGAAAGAAGAAAACCUCCAAUUUCCCCGUUUCCACCCGCACAAUUCACCAAUUGCUCACAUCUAUCACCCACUCAUAGCACAAGCUAUGUCGCUGCACGCAUUGGUGUCCCCGGUGACGCUCCCCGUCUCACGUGCCAAGAUAACUUGGACCCAUCUCCACCGUGCAUCAUCACCCGCAUCUCUUCUCAUUAUCCGUCCGCCUUUGCCGCCGCUUGUUCGCACACUUCCCACCGUAAGGAGCUGCACUGGACUGCCAUUUCUUGAUGUCAAAGGCGGCAAAGGAAUGAGUGGGUUCGUUGAAGUUGAGCUGAAGGUGCGUGAUUACGAGCUGGAUCAGUAUGGAGUUGUUAACAAUGCCGUUUAUGCUAAUUACUGUCAACAUGGCCUGCGACUCUUUGAAUCUAUGACAUAUCAACUCCGGGUUGGAUUCAUUGGAAGCCACUGCUUAACAGAACUUGUGGCUUUUAUUGAGUUUUAUACUUUUCACUGCCCGAAAAAGGACCUUCUUGGUUCAUUACAUGGUCGUCAUGAGCUUUUGGAAAGGGUAGGUGUCAGUGCUGAUACUGUUGCUCGCACUGGUGAUGCAUUGGCACUGUCAGAGUUGUCACUCAAAUUCCUUGCUCCUCUAAGAAGUGGAGACAGGUUUGUUGUAAAGGUGAGGAUCUGUGGCUCCUCUGCUGCUCGCUUAUACUUUGAGCACUUCAUCUUCAAACUGCCAAAUGAAGAGCCUAUUUUGGAAGCAAAAGGCACAGCAGUUUGGCUAGACAAAAAUUAUCGUCCUGUUCGUAUUCCAUCCGAAUUGAGAUCAAAAUUAGUUCAAUUUCUCAGACGCGAAUCUGGCUAGCUUUAUCAUGACAUGCAGCUACAAAAUUUUCCAUGCUUCUCACUCGUAUGAACCUUUUUUACUUGCAAAAAAGGGUGGAAAAUAGGCUGGAUGUUAGAAAGAUUAUCCAUAGUUACCUUUAGAAGCAGGAUGUCUCCUGACUUGAAAUGGAAAUAUAUAAUUCAUCACAAUUGUUGAGUCCUUUAUUUUUGUACCCAAUACAAAAAGCCUCUCGUAUGUGCAUACUGAAGAAAAUGUGAGCAUUCUUGCUCUUCUGAACUGUUGUAUAUCUGUUCAGAUUCUCUGUUUCAACCCAUGUCCUGGGGAGAAAGCCUUAAUGGAAACAUCGGAUCAGACCUUUGAAGA